AUGGAAGAUGGCCAUACACUGUAUGACUACAACGUGGGUCUGAACGACAUCGUCCAGCUGCUCAUCCGUUCCCAAGCGGGGGACGCUCCAGACAGUCCCCUCAUCCCUCCCUCCGUCAUCUCCCCUGUCGUCAGCCCCAAGGAGUGUGACACAAUGCCCAUGUCCUGCAGUACAGCUCUGCCACCCAACACCACAACUGGUGCAACUACCACCCCCCCCCACUCUAAGCUUACCACCGUGGCCCCAACACCUACCCCCAAACCCACCACAGUCAACAACAACACAACCACCACUGGCAACACCAGAACUACCACCAACACCAGUACAACUGCCAGUAAGAAAAUGAGUAACACCAGUAAACCCAAUAACAACGGAGACAAGUCUUCUUCUGGUCCACCUGCACCGCUGGAGAAGCUCGACAACCAGCCUUCAACCUCUACACGUCCCUUCCUCAUAGAUGCGGGCAUUGGGGUGUUCAAGGUAAGAGAAGGAUAACUUGCUGGAUUGUGGUACCAUUUUCUCUCAGGUUGAUUCAUUUGUUGUGGUUUGUGUACUAAAGGCUGUGGGAUAAUACGAUAUAGAAUAAGAAUAUAAUUAAGCAAAAAGGCCCAAGGGGGUGUGGACGCAACGCGUCGUGCCUGGAUAUAGCCAUUUACAUUACAUUUUAGUCAUUUAGCAGACGCUCUUAUCCAGAGCGACUUACAGUUAGUGAAUACAUUUUUUUAAUUUUUUUAUACUGGCCCCCCGUGGGAAUCGAACCCACAACCCUGGCGUUGCAAACGCCAUGCUCUAUCAACUGAGCUACAUCCCUGCCGGCCAUUCCCUCCCCUACCCUGGACGACGCUGGGCCAAUUGUGCGCCGCCCAUGAGUCUCCCGGUCGCGGCCGGCUGCGACAGAGCCUGGAUUCGAACCAGGAUCUCUAGUGGCACAGUUAGCACUGCGAAGCAGUGCCUUAGACCACUGCGCCACUCAGGAGACCGUGGUAUAUUGGUGGUAUACCACAAACCCCUGAGGUGCCUUAUUGCUAUUAUAAACUGGUUACCAACGUAAUUAGAACAGUAAUAAAAAAAGAUGUGUCAUACCCGUGGAAUACGGUCUGAUAUACCACAGCUUUCAGCCAAUCAGCAUUCAGGGCUCGAAACACCCAGUUUAUAAAGUCUGAUUUACCACAGCUUUCAGCUAUUCAGCAUUCAGGAACCAAAUGACCUAGUUUAUAAUACCUUUUCGCUCCGGUCCCCCUUCCAGCAUUGGGGAACAUCCCACGCACCCCCUGCGUGCACCACGUCUUUUUCUAAGGGCACAAGCACUGUUCAUGACACAAACUGUUCACACCCAUCUUGUUGGUGCAGAGAACAUUUUGCAGGUUUGAAGCUCAUUUUCUUGCAAUUCUAUACAUUUUGCCAUGUCUAAUGUGUAUUCAUGUGAUAUUUGAAUGACUCAAACAUUACAACAAAAUCUAUGGGCUAAAAAAUAGAGCUAAGAAAUGUUAGCUGACAUGGGCUAGUUGAUCUGGACAUUUGUAUGGAUGGAUGGAUGGAUGGAUGGAUGGAUGGAUGGCAUAACAAGAGGAAAGCUGAUGAUGCACUACCCAAUUUCGAAAUUGCACCUUGUGCAUUCUACUAUUACGACUUUCAAUAGUAAGUUGAAAGCCGGCCGUACUGAGUUCCAAAACAAAAAAGAACCCGCUCCCCCUGUGCCUCCCCUGCCAAUCCCUUGUGCCCCACAGUUUGAAAACCACUGAUAUAGAAUAAGAUUCUGUUCAUUCAAUAAUGGAUGAGAACCAGCUGAGCGACGCCCAACAGUAAGUAUGCUUGUGUCUGGAAAGGUUUCAAGCCUGACUUUCUGUCCUCUACUGUAGCUCAGUUGGUUAUAUAGCAUUCACAAUUAAGGAGAUACUGACAUGUUAUAUAGAGAGCAUUCACAAUUUAGGAGAUACUGACAUAUGUUUUGUCAUUCAUUUCCUUGAUGUCACUGGCACGCCAACAGCAAGUCAAGCGGCCUCAUUUCGCCACCUUUUCCCCUUUGCAUUGCUGUGGUUUGGAUCCACAUGCCUGUGGUAGUUUGAAUUGGCAGCCGCCUCUCAACUCCCUCAGCGUACUGUGCUCAAUCUCCAUAGUGACCGGCCUAACCAGACACAGGGCUCUGGAGUGUUUAGCUACUGUAGCAGGUCCAGUGGUGUGGCUGUCUGUCUAUCUGACUGGCUGUCUGUCUAUCUGACUGGCUUGUGUGUGCAUAUCCCUACUCUCCCCGAGUCUCCCUUGGAGAGUGGGGUCACAGCCAGGGGAGGUCUCCCCGAGUCACCCUUGGAGAGUGGGGUCACAGCCAGGGGAGGUCUCCCCGAGUCUCCCUUGGAGAGUGGGGUCACAGCCAGGGGAGGUCUCCCCGAGUCUCCCUUGGAGAGUGGGGUCACAGCCAGGGGAGGUCUCCCCGAGUCUCCCUUGGAGAGUGGGGUCACAGCCAGGGGAGGUCUCCCCGAGUCUCCCUUGGAGAGUGGGGUCACAGCCAGGGGAGGUGGAUAUGUUGUUCCUGGCCCUUAUCCACAAAGUCUCAGUAGGAGUGCUGCUAUAGGAUCAGCCUUUCAGAUCAUAAUGAAUAGGAUUUAUAUGGACAGGGGGGGGACAUGGUCAUACAUCAGCACUCCUGCUCUGAUAAGCAUUUUGAAUACAGGCCCUGUACUCAAGUCUUCCUGUUGAAUGAUGUCUGGACAGGACUGGACCACAUCUUUUACCUCAUGGUAUGUUGCUCUACAGAUUUAAUCUCCCCUUAGAAUCAGAUAUCAGAUUCUGAAAACCUUAUUACCAUGGAACAAAUGGUUGCUAGGAAUUUCUCUUGGUAUUUUUUUAUUGUUCAUAAUCACUUACAGUAAACGGUAGAGCUGACACGUUUUGAUAGACAUGUCCUGUUAACAGUUAACACCAAAGCCAAGCUGCAGGGGAGCGUGGGCCUAAAAAUGCCAAGCAGACCCACGCUAAGAGACACACUAUACCCAGAGCUCAGCCCUGAGAGAGAGCCUGCUGCUGGCGAACCACAGCGGCUGUAAAAGAUAUGUGCUGGAACAUGGACAGGACAGUCUCUUGGCUCGAAGCUUAUAGCACCAUCAAGGAGAUGACUGCAGCUGUGUUUUCAGUUCCUGCUGUGUUUUUAUCACGUACACAUACACUACAUGGCCAAAACUAUGGAUCUCGCUUUGUGCACAGGGGCAUUGUCAUGCUGAAAUAGGAAAGGGCCUUCCCCAAACUGUUACCACAAAGUUGGAAGCACAGAAUUGUCUAGAAUGUCAUUAUAUGCUGUAGCGUUAAGAUUUCCCUUCACUGGAACUAAGGGGCCUAGCCUGAACCAUGAAAAACAGCCCCAGACCAUUAUUCCUCCUCCACCAAACUUUGGCACUAUUUGGCACUAUGCAUUCGGGCAGGUAGCGUUCUCCUGGCAUCCGCCAAACCCAGAUUAGUCUGUCGGACUGCCAGAUGGUGAAGCGUGAUUCAUCACUCCAGAGAACGCGUUUCCACUGCUCCAGAGUCCAAUGGUGGUGAGCUUUACACCACUCCAGCCGACGCUUGGCAUUGCACAUGGUGUUCUUAGGCUUGUGUGCGGCUGCUCGGCCAUGGAAACCCAUUUCAUGAAGCUCCCGACAAACAGUUAUUGUGCUGACGUUGCUUCCAGAGUAACUUUGGAACUCGGUAGUGAGUGUUGCAACCGAGGACAGACGAUUUUUACAUGCUACGUGCUUCACCACUCAGCGGUCCCGUUCUGUGAGCUUGUGUGGCCUACCACUUCGCGGCUGAGCCGUUGUUGCUCCUAAACGUUUCCACUUCACAAUAACAGCACUUACAGUGGACCGGGGAAGCUCUAGCAGGGCAGAGAUUUGACAACUGACUUGUUGGAAAGGUGGCAUCCUAUGACGGUGCCACGUUGAAAGUCAGUGAGCUCUUUAGUACUGGCCAUUCUACUGCCAAUGUUUGUCUAUGUAGAUUGCAUGGCUGUGUGCUCGAUUUUAUACACCUGUCAGCAACGGGUGUCGCUGAAAUAGCCAAAUCCACUAAUUUGAAGGGGUGUCCACAUUCUUUUGGCCUUGUAGUGUACUAACAGGAUUACUUAAACACUCAAAUGUACCGGUGUGCACUCUGACUCACUGUCUAAUAAAUGGCAUAUAUUAUUAUAUUAUGAGUAAGGAGAUGACUGACCAGCAAACAGGUUUACUCAGUAGAGAAAACAGACAAGGUAAGCACACCCACACAUAAUGAACAGGAUGUAGUAUAUGUACUGUAUGUACGUAGUGUGAACAGGAAAUAGUAGCUCUAUGUAAACUUCAAGUGAACAGAAACGCCCAAAAAAUCUGCCUCACUUUGAUACUGCUACUGAUCCGGAGUACAGUAGUAAUGAACUCUAGUUCCUCUAUUGAACGCUAAUGUUUGUUCAUUAUCAAUUGUAGCAGGUUACUGGUGUUAUUGAUGUGCUACUGAUUUUGGUGCGACUUGCAGGUUAAGAUUUUAAAUGUACCGGUAUUUCUCAAACCCAGUAGUUGGCAUGUGGCCCAGAGGAUGUCCCUGUCAAUUAGCAGUCCCUGUGGGCCUGUAGAGAUGAGCAUGUCUGCUUUCACUAUCCAUCUCCCCUGGAGCUGAUGACAGAACCACAUAAAAACAGCAUCCUGACUGAAGGCUCGGUCUGAUUCUUAUGUAGAUGUGAAUUAAUAUGGAAGGGUACAAGCUUUGUCCUUAUAAACAGGCUGGUGGGUUUUGGAGACUAGGCUUGGAGUCAAUUCCAUUUAAAUUCAGGAAUUAUAAUUUUAUUUACUUCCUGAAUUGACCCCCAAACCCCACUGUCCCUCCCAGCCUAACCCUAACUCAACUCUUUUUCUCAAGGCCUUUACAACAAUGUCUGAUACUGUAUAUUCUGCAUGUGUACAAGGCUGAGAUCUGGAUUGAGAUGGCCUCUUGAUGCGUCCUCAGUUUGUGUUAUGAUGCGUAAUGUAGUAAGCUAAUAGAGUUAGCCGCUCAGGGUGAUGUCACUGUUCUGGAAUGUUCAUCAUCAGUUCUGGAAUCUUCAUCAGUGAGUUCUUCAGAGAGUGUUUGUUGACAGAGGCAAAGGGGGGACAGAGAGAACCUCCAUCCACUGUAGCCAUGAAACACAUUGUAAACAUUGCUAUGCUCAGAGGUCCCAGACAGCCUGUAGUUGGCCUUGCCCCUCCCUGUCUCCUAGCUCUGUUAUGCAUGUGAGCUGCUCAUGUCCCGUAUACAGAGGCAAGGUGACGCAUUUAUAGCAUAGUCAAAGGUGUUUAGCUAACACUGGAGACAGCGUGACUCUCUCAUUUUGUCACUAAUCAUUAACUAACUUUUUCUCUUAUCAAAACCUUCCAUUGCCCAUGUAACUGAGGAUUCUUUUCAGCCACUUUGUUUGUUCAUGAUGUCAACAAAAGUAAAAAGGCUUUGACUUAUAGGAAGACCUUUCUUAACAUUUCAUCACUAUCCUUGAAAUGUCCCAUGAGUCUGUUGCUUAGUUUACCCACAAACCUGUUAUUGCUUUCAUCAGUACUCCAAGCCAGCUGCACUCUGCACAUCAUUUAUUUUUUAUUUUUUAUUGUAUGUGCAUUUUAUUCAUAGUUGAAAGGUAAACUAAUUUUCUGUUAUUUUUCCCCUUUCAGAUAAACGAGUUGGUGGACUGCAGAGACAUAAGCAUCGGUGCCUGGUUUGAAGCCAGCAUUGACAACGUGUUACGCACCCCAAAGGGACAGAACAGCACCAGUAAAGCAGCUCCUACAGCAGGGAAAGUCGGCAGGCCUAGCAAAAGGACUAACGGCAAGCUGGAGACAGAGCCAGGCCAAGGCCAAAGCCACCUCUCCUCCUCAGACAAUAAUAAUAAUAAUAAUGGGAAUAAUUCUUCUUCUGCAUUGAACUCUGACAGUAGUGGGUCAGGGGCUGGGCCCUCCACCUCUCAAACAGACUAUACCGUCACAGACAAAGAGAAGGAGGAUGUGACGUAUCAUAUCAGAUAUGAUGAGUAAGUUGAUGCACCUGGGAAAAACGAGCACAGCUUGUCAGUGUUUUCUGACCUACUAGGCUUGCUAUCGCAGAUUAAUAUUUUCCUUUUUGUUUGCUCACUGUUUUAGAAAGGUUUAAUUAAGUUUGGUGGGGUUAACCAACUGUGAGUGGUGAUGGAUCCAACCAGGUAAGUAAGGAGUGUGUAGAUUGGGGUGCUUGGGAGUUCAGGAAGAGGUGAGAUUGCAUGUUAUGUAUGAAUGAAUAAAUAAAUUAGUGAUCUAAGCCAUAAAAAUGGCUGUAUAACAUGAUAUGCACUUACAGUAUGUAGUGAUGCACCAUUAGAUACAGAGGAGGAGAGAUUACAUGCCAUAUAAAUCGCCAUAGAGAGUAGCUAUCAAUCUCUUCAGCCAUUGGCCAUAUUUCAAUAUGAUCAGUGCUUGACUUGGACAGGAGCUCACCGGAGCUGACAACUGGCACCUCACAUUUUUCUACUGCUUAAGCUCCUGGUUCUCUUAUAGAAUAUUAGUUCAAAAGUAUUGUGGAGCUCCUGCACCUAAAUAUACACAGUACUGGCACCCAAAAUGAGUGCCGGCACCUAUUUCAGUCCAAGCCAUAUAAAUCGCCAUAUAUCUACCAUGAUACUUCUUGAUGUAGUGCUGCACCAUUAGAUACAGAGGAGGAGAGAUUACAUGCCAUAUAAAUCGCCAUAUAAAUUUGGAGUCAUCUUUUUCUGGUGAAUUCAUUCAUUCAGGAGUCGUUUCCAUGGUAACCGCAGAGUUCUCGGGAGCGUUGCUCUAACCGCCCCAUCUCCACAUUCUAAUUGCUGCCUAAAAUUGAGCGGCACAUCUAGCAUGUCACAUGGAGAGGUGCAUGAGGCUCUUUGCUGUGUGAACCACAUACACUGCUGUUGUAGAGGAGCUAUCAAUCUCUUCAGCCAUUGGCCAUAUUUCAAUAUGAUCAAUGCUUGACUUGGACAGGAGCUCACCGGAGCUGACAACUGGCACCUCACAUUUUUCUACUGCUUAAGCUCCUGGUUCUCUUAUAGAAUAUUAGUUCAAAAGUAUUGUGGAGCUCCUGCACCUAAAUAUACACAGUACUGGCACCCAAAAUGAGUGCCGGCACCUAUUUCAGUCCAAGCCAUAUAAAUCGCCAUAUAUCUACCAUGAUAAUUCUUGAUGUAGUGCUGCACCAUUGGAGUUGAUUUACAGUAGCUCCAUCCUCUCAUUUGACCUUUAACUCAGGAAACAAAAGCUCAGGCACUAAUUGAAGAGAAUACUAUUUCCCCAAUAGCCUUGGUGAGUCAGUCAAAUGGAAGUCAAAGUGCAACAGGAAGUCAUUUCCUGUCUCAGAGAUCUGUUAGAAAAAAGUGAUAAAAACAAUUUGUCUGCAGCGUUGAUCCAGGAUGAUGGAGUAUGUUUGUUUUUAGGACCGACGCAUAACUUUAAUUUACACACAGUUGCUAGGCAUAGAGUAAUAGCCAGAUGAAACGGACAAGAUAUAGUUCCUUGUUUUGACAAAAUUCUGGAUACAUUCUGUCAGUUUGGUAAUCUGAGAUGUUGAAUUACGUUUUUACUAUAUUUACACAACUUCCAUGGCCAAUCUCUAAAAACAACAUUGUCAGUAGUUGGUGUUUUUAGCUAAAACUGGGACAAUGACUUCAGUUUUGCAUGCAAUCAAAGUAGUAAACAUCUGCAACGUAUUAACUCACGCAAUUAAGCAGAAAUCACCCUACAUCCUGCUGGAUGGUGAAAGUUCCCCUGUGGGGACGUGAACCCACAACCCUUCGGUUCAGAGCGAACAGAAAAGGGGGUCCAGUUGGGGCAGCUUGUUUAAAAACCACAGCCCCUGAUUUCUCCCUCUCUGCCUGCAGCUUAUAAGGGAAUGUAGAAUAGAGGUGGUGGUGGUGGUGGGGGGGGGGGGGGCUGCUAAAUAACAUUUGGAGUCAUCUUUUUCUGGUGAAUUCAUUCAGAAGGAGUCAUUUCCAUGGUAACCGCAGAGUUCUCGGGAGCGUUGCUCUAACCGCCCCAUCUCCACAUUCUAAUUGCUGCCUAGAAUUGAGCGGCACAUCUAGCAUGUCACAUGGAGAGGUGCAUGAGGCUCUUUGCUGUGUGAACCACAUACACUGCUGUUGUAGAGGAGCUAUCAAUCUCUUCAGCCAUUGGCCAAGCACUGAGUAUGAUGAUGGGAAAUAACAAUGCAUAUUUCAAAUGACCCCAAGCCAAGCAGCUUUUUUUUCUCCUCUCUCUCUCUCUCUCUCUCUCUGACUCUGAUUGGUAAACGGCACAAUCUGCCUUCCCAGGUUUCUGCCUGUUUGUUAGAGCGCAGAGUGGAGGGUUUUUCUGUUCUCCUUUGUGUGGUUAGGCUGAGCUUCCCAAGGUUCUUGCUGUAUAAUUUGAUGCAGAAAAACAGCUCCUUAGAAAUGAAACCGCCUGUUUCACAUGGAAAUCUCAGACUAAUUUCCAACAAAACCGUUGCCUCAAGAUAGAGAAUCUUCUGCAUUUUUUGGCCUGUUUUUCCAUAUUAACAAGCGUCUCAGAUCUGGCUUAUGGUCCGUCUAGCAUUUGGCCCAACCAAUCCAUCCAACCAGAUAAAAACCUGGAUAGCAUAAAUAAUACAAUUAUCAGAUGAUAUGGCUCUAUAAAAAGACCAGAAGGAAUAUAUUAUAGUUAAUUGCUGCAGAGGCCAUGCUAUGUUACCCCCCUCUAAUUUAGCUGCAUUAAUUAAACCUGGUACUUAAAUGUAAGAGAGAUAAUUCAGUGUAUUUUCAUUGUGUAUUUCACUAUUGCUAAAGGCAGACUGAGACCAAAUGCCUGCAGGUCCAUUGAAUUAUAAACUAAUACCGCUGUAGCACGUGGUAACCUUUAUUGCGUGAAUAGAUCCAGCCAGGUGGACUGCCUGCCCCACUGUCCUCUCCAUGCACUUCACUUACUAUCCUACCUCCUUGUUUUCUGAUUUAAAUGUGAUUAAACAGAUCUUGAAAAAAAAAAAUACAGUCUCCAUUUAAAUCCUCAAUUACAAAUGAACAGAGAGGUUAACAGAAUGUGAUCAUUUCACCCUGUGAUGCUGCCAUGGAGUAAUUACGCUCAACUAAGAACAGCCUGGCGUGUGUGUGCGUGUGUGUGUGUGUGUGUGUGUGUGUGUGUGUGUGUGGGGCUCCUCAUCUGAACCCAGAAACCCUAUCAAACCAUGCAGCUUAUCUGACAGCCAUGGGACUUCAUAGUAUAUCCACGGAACGAUAUUGGUUUUCACAUCUCUGUCUGGUUGUCUACGUAUGAUGUUAAUCACACAGUCUCUCCAGUCAACUCUCUACAUUCCAGAUUCUAAUUUCCAGAUUCUACAUUCCAGAUUCUAAUUUCCACAAUCUAAAACCCAGAUUCUAAAUUGCAUUCUAGAAUCCCUGCUUCCUGCUCCUCUGUGUGGCCCUCUAGUCUGUUCCCUGUGUUGUUCCCCUCUCACUCUCUCCUUCGCCACAGGACCACCGUGUGCUAAACACUGACUUCUGUUCUGUUCUCCCCCUACGGAGCCUCCUGUUACCCUCACAGUGUCCCAGCACACUGACUUGUGUUCUGUUCUCCCCCUACGGAGGCUGCUGUUAAUCCGUGCCUCUAGCCUGUUACCCUCACACAGUGUCCCAGCACACUGACGACUUGAAGCCAUCACUGUGUCCAAGCGUUCUUCUCUAGUAUCUACUCACCUAUACACCAGUCAUGCUGAUGGACUGAAUUGUAAUAUUAAUUCUAGUAGAAUGCAUAAAAUACAUGCACUGACAGGAAACAUUAGCAUAGAUGUGUUAGGAAGUGGGCCCCUAUGCAUGCUCUCUCUCUCUCUCACACACAAACACACACACACACACACACACACACACACACACACACACACACACACACACACACAUGAACACACACACACACACACACACACACACACACAUGAACACACACACACACACACAUGAACACACACACGCAUAUGAACUCACACACGUAGAGGGUGUUGCUGUGAAACAUAUCCUGGUCUUUCUCUCUCCCUCUGUGUGUAAAGCGUCGGCCCGAUGGCUAUAGAGGUUUACGGAGUGUGUGUGUGUGGGGUACCACGGAUUGAUAUUCAGGACAUGAACAUGAUUAUGCAGGGAGCACAUGCAGGGAGAGGAGAGAGAAUGUGAGGGACAAUCACAGACUGAGGAGGCCGAGGCUGCGUCCCAAAUAGUACUCUAUUCCCUUUAUAGUGCACUACUUUUGGCCAGAGCCCUAAUGCAGGUCCCCUUCUAGCUAGUAGCUUCAUAGUACAGCCAGUGGCGGCUAAGCCUCCUCCCUAUGCUAAUGUGUGUACCCCAAUCUUUCAUCCAUUCAAUGGUCAAAUAUAUAUAUAUGUUGAAAUAACAGUCAGCUUCCUCUGGUCAUGAUUCUGUCACCCCACCACUGUCUCAUUUCUAUGAUGGAGGAUGGGCAGAGAAUAUUAGCACAAAAUCCUACAAAAAACGACACACUUUUCUUAUGGCGAUACGUACUUGACAAACUCUUUCUACAUCUCUAAGCCUGUUGAAUUAGUCCCAGUCCACAGUGCAUAUUAUAUUUGGUAUCUGAGUGCCUGCGUGUGUGAAAUACCAUUUUAACCAAAGAGACGAACCCAGACCCAGUUUUCCUUGCAUGAAAAAGAUGAGUGACUGCCCAAGGAGACCCCAAAUACUGGGAUGUAGUGCUGCCGUAGUGUAGGGGAGGGGUGCUCCCUCACUUUUUUGAAUUUGAGAAUAAAUGGAGCAGGUAAAAAAUAUUUCUGGAAAAUGAAUUCUGAUAAAUUCUAGAUCAAUUACAGUUGAAGUCAGAAGUUUAUAUACACCUUAGCCAAAUACAUUUAAACUCAGUUUUUCACAAUUCCUGACAUUUAAUCCUAGUAAAAAAUGUCCUGUCUUAGGUCAGUUAGGAUCACCACUUUAUUUUAAGAAUGUGAAAUGUCAGAAUAAUAGUAGAGAGAAUGAUUUAUUUCAGCUUUUAUUUCUUUCAUCACAUUCCCAGUGGGUCAGAAGUUUACAUACACUCAAUUAGUAUUUGGUAGCAUUGCCUUUAAAUUGUUUAACUUGGGUCAAACGUUUCGGGUAGCCUUCCACAAGCUUCCCAUAAUAAAUUGGGUGAAUUUUGGCCCAUUCCUCCUGACAGAGCUGGUGUAACUGAGUCAGGUUUGUAGGCCUCCUUGCUCGCACAAGCUUUUUCAGUUCUGCCCACAAAUGUUCUAUAGGAUUGAGGUCAGGGCUUUGUGAUGGCCACUCCAAUACCUUGACUUUGUUGUCCUUAACCCUCCCGUUGUCCUAGGGUCAAAAUGACCCGCUACUGUGUUGAACAAACUUUAUUACAUUUUUAUAUUUUGGGGAUCAUUUGUGAGAAGGAGGCAGUGAGACUUUAAAGAAAGUAUCACUGCCUCCUUCUCACAAAUGAUCCAAAAAAUAUAAAAAUUAAAUAAAGUUGGUUCAACACAGUGGCGGGUCAUUUUGACCCUAGGACAACGGGAGGGUUAAGCCAUUUUGCCACAACUUUGGAAGUAUGCUUGGGGUCAUUGUCCAUUUGGAAGACUCAUUUGCGACCAAGACUUUAACUUCCUGACUGAUGUCUUGAGAUGUUGCUUCAAUAUAUCCACAUAAUUUUCCUUCCUCAUGAUGCCAUCUAUUUUGUGAAGUGCACCAGUCCCUCCUGCAGCAAAGCACCCCCACAGCAUGAUGCUGCCACCCCCGUGCUUCACGGUUGGGAUGGUGUUCUUCGGCUUGCAAGCAUUCCCCUUUUUCCUCCAAACAUAACGAUGGUCAUUAUGGCCAAACAGUUCUAUUUUUGUUUUGUCAGACCAGAGGACAUUUCUCCAAAAAGUACGAUAUUUGUCCCCAUGUGCAGUUGCAAACCGUAGUCUGGCUUUUUUAUGGCGGUUUUGGAGCAGUGGCUUCUUCCUUGCUGAGCGGCCUUUCAGGUUAUGUCGAUAUAGGACUCGUUUUACUGUGGAUAUAGAUAAUUUUGUACCUGUUUCCUCCAUCAUCUUCACAAGGUCCUGUUAUUCUGGGAUUGAUUUGCACUUUUCACACCAAAGUACGUUCAUCUCUAGGAGACAGAACGCGUCUCCUUCCUGAGCGGUAUGAAGGCUGCGUGGUCCCAUGGUUUAUACUUGCGUACUAUUGUUUGUACAGAUGAACGUGGUACAUUCAGGCGUUUGGAAAUUGCUCCCAAGGAUGAUCCAGACUUGUGGAGGUCUACAAUUUCUUUUCUGAGGUCUUGGCUGAUUUCUUUUGAUUUUCCCAUGAUGUCAAGCAAAGAGGCACUGAGUUUGGAGGUAGGCCUUGAAAUACAUCCACAGGUACACCUCCAAUUGACUCAAAUGUUGUAAAUUAGCCUAUCAGAAGCUUCUAAAGCCAUGACAUCAUUUUCUGGAAUUUUCCAAGCUGUUUAAAGGCACAGUCAACUUAGUGUAUGUAAACUUCUGACCCACUGGAAUUGUGAUACAGUGAAUUAUAAGCGCAGUGGAACCCAGAACGAUAUGUUGACCACUUGGUUAUGGUGAGGUCCUUUCAGUGCCACUGCGCAGGAGGGGUCCGCGGAUCUGUUGAUUUAAAUGGAAACCGUAAAAGUUUUUUCAUGAUCUGUUUAAUCACAUUUAAUCAGAAAACGAGGGAGGAUAGUAAGUGAAGUGCAUGGAGAGGACAGUGGGGGAGUAAUUUCCUAGCAGGCAAGAUCUGUUGCCUACGCAUAAUAGUCAUACUCAUCACAUUAUUAUUAUUAUUAUUAUUAUUAUUAUUAUUACAAAUAGAAGAUUAUCACUUCUCACAGUGGUGAUCGUUUAGUAAAGUUAGAUCAAAGCUGAAUCAAUGUCUCGCAAGAUCACAUAAUGAUUAAUUUAGUAUUAUAAAAUGCAAUUUUACCCCGGUCCCCAGUGAAAGUUGCGACCCUGGUGAAAACAUUAUAAAUAUGAAAAUAGAAUACAGUGUUUCAGAAUGUGAGCUACCGCUUGCAUGUCAAUAUCAGACUGGGAAGAAUUUUAAGUUCGGAAUCUCCACCUAUCUGCAAGCAUGACCAAUGGCAUAACACCUUAUUGAUAUGUAAAUUCAAACAACCAAUAGGAAUACAUAAAGAUGGAAUACAUAAUUCUGCAGUGUCAGGUGGAAAGAUAACCAACCCUGUUACACUUUGAUUGAAACAAAAUAGGCAUAGAAGAAAGGCUUAUAGUUUAACACCAUCUGCUUUAAUUCGCUCACGAAACAGUAAUUCAAGAAGAUUUAAACGCUUAUUCCCAUGAAACUGAUUGAGAUCAAGUGAUUGGCAGUUUGGACAUUUCCCCGCUAAAACGUGAUUAAUUAUCAUUCACAAAUGGCAGUGAUGAUGGCCUAUUUUGAAAUGUGGUUUUUGUGUGGGCAUGGGCAGAUGUUGCAAUUGGAGGAUGCAUUUUAUGCAUAUUCUAUUACAUUUUUACAUUUACAUUUACGUCAUUUAGCAGACGCUCUUAUCCAGAGCGACUUACAAAUUGGUGCAUUCAUUCACCUUAUAGCCAGUGGGAUAACCACUUUACAAUGUUUUUUUAAAUGUUUUUUUCUAUGAUGAUAUUCAAUAGGCUACAAACUUCGAUUGAGAAAUGACAUGAUUAUAUUUUAAAAAUUGUGCUCCCUCGCCUAUAAAAAUAGCAAUACACCACUGCCCAAAUAACAUAUUUCUGAAUAAAAAAUGUUAAUGUGAUUUUGCUAUACGAAGAAUAAAUGUCAGAUGUUGCAUAUACUUUACGAACAUUUCAAGUGACUAUGCUUAGCCAAAAAGGAAUAUUUUUCAUAGAAAAUGUCUUUGGACAUUUUGCAGGCAUUGAAUUAGCCAAGCUUAAGCCAAGCAGUCCUGUCAAUUCCCUUUGAGAGUCAUUCGUUUUGGAGAUUUACACUCCUGUAGAUGCUUUACAUAAUGAAUGCAUUUUGGGGAAGAUGUUAUGUUGUUGAGGAGGAUAAAGAUCAUUUUCUUUCCUCUCCCUAGUUACCCUGAGAACGGCGUGGUGGAGAUGUGUGGCGGUAACGUGCGGCCGCGGGCUCGGACCCUACUCAGGUGGGACCAGCUCACGGUAGGCCUGGUUGUCAUGGUGAACUACAACAUAGAGAUCCCUGAGGAGAGGGGCUUCUGGUUCGACGCUGAGAUUACAGCACUCAAUGAGAUCUCCAGGACCAACAAGGAGGUCCGCAUCAAGAUCCUGCUGGGGUAAGAGAGAGCUGGGGUAGAGGACAUGCUGGGGUAGAGGACAUGCUGGGGUAACAGAGAGCUGGGGUAAGAGAGAGCUGUGGUGGGACAGUUUCCGUUGGGAAAGUCUUCUUCUCUUUUCUAGGUCAGAUGAUUAUGCCAGUUAUGUAACUUAGAUAUUUCUGCUUACAUAAAUUAAGAGGACUUUCUCUCUUUCUGAAUAGUCUGGCUGAGUGGGUGUAGAGAACAUUCCCUGUGGAGCUCUGAUGGACUGAUGAACACAUUCUCUCUCCCCCUCCCUCCUCUCUUCCCAGAGGGCCAGGGGACGUCAUCCCAGACUGUAAGCUGUUGUUUCUGGAUGAGAUCUAUCAGAUUGAGAAGAUUGGAGCACACUCGCUGUCUGCUGUAGAUGGACAGUUCAAACGUAGGCCUCCGCACUCUCAUACCAAUACUAGUCUACAGCCAAUCAGGGCUGAGAUGGAGCAUACCAUAGCCAAUCAGGGCUGAGAUGGAGCAUACCACAACCAAUCAGGCCUGAGAUAGGUAUACCUAGCAUACCAGCUGUUCUAGAAGGGCCGUGGUCAAGGGGGUACUUCAGAGAAGUAACUUGAAAUUGUUUUAAUCAAUUAGCCUCAAAUUGAUACAUUUCAAAUCCUUCUUAUAUAGCAUUCUGCAUAUCCAAUUUAAAUGGAAAGAUGUACAUGGAUUAUUGGCAUCAAUACAUGCAUGUGUGUUUGUGGUGUGUGUGGGCUUAUGGGUAUUUUUGUUUUUGUUUUGUUCGCCUGUGUGUGUGUGUGUGCCAAUUCUUUGCAUAUGUAUUUGUGCGUCUGUGUGUGUGUGAGUGUGUGCACACCGGUGUGUGUGUAUGUGUUUACAUGUGCGUCUGUGUGUGUCUGUCUGUGCGCUGGGAUGGAUCCAGGGAAGAGCGGGCCGGAGUGUAAGCACUGCAAGGCGGACCCCGAGUCGGAGUGCAGGUUCUGCUCGUGCUGUGUGUGCGGAGGGAAGCAGGACGCCCAUAUGCAGCUGCUGUGUGAUGAGUGUAACAUGGCCUUCCAUAUAUACUGUCUCAACCCACCACUAGCCACCAUACCUGACGACGAGGACUGGUGAGCUCUGACCUGGUCCUCCCAGACCACCUGGGGGUGCUAUACUCACACAGGAUGACCCUAUGGGCUCUGGUCAAAUGUAGUGCACUAUAUAGGGAAUAGGCUGCCAUUUAGGACGUAGACAGAGACAGACCAAUAGACCGGUCAUCUGAUGGCUGGUGGAGCAAGUAUGAUGCAUGAUGUCAUUGAUUAUAAUGAUUGAUGAACAUGCAUUGUGAGUGUAAUAGUCCAUUUACAUGUUAGUGAUGACUGAUAUAGAUAUGCCUUUAGCCAUAUGAAUAAGUUCCACAUUCUAUAUUUUCUUUGGGUGCCAGUCCAGAUUUCUCUCUCAUAGAUGUCUUAGUAACACACUGUCCAUACAAGAGACACUGACACCAACAGUAUACUACCAGUAGUAGUUUCUCUCCUGUCCAUAUAAUACCACCUUACAUUGACUUCCUGUAUUGAUCAUGAUCUGACAGGGCAGUAGACCAGUAAGGGAGUUAUGGUUCUUGUGUUGUGCUUGGCAGGUACUGUCCCACCUGUAAGAACGACACCAGUGAGGUGGUUAAGGCCGGGGAGAAGCUCAAGGCCAGUAAGAAGAAAGCCAAGAUGCCCUCGGCCCAUACAGAGAGCCAGAGGGACUGGGGCAAGGUGAGACAGACAGGGUCUACAACACUAACCCCUCGGCCCAUACAGAGAGCCAGAGGGACUGGGGCAAGGUGAGACAGACUGGGUCUACAACACUAACCCCUCGGCCCAUACAGAGAGCCAGAGGGACUGGGGCAAGGUGAGACAGACAGGGUCUACAACACUAACCCCUCGGCCCAUACAGAGAGCCAGAGGGACUGGGGCAAGGUGAGACAGACAGGGUCUACAACACUAACCCCUCGGCCCAUACAGAGAGCCAGAGGGACUGGGGCAAGGUGAGACAGACAGGGUCUACAACACUAACCCCUCGGCCCAUACAGAGAGCCAGAGGGACUGGGGCAAGGUGAGACAGACAGGGUCUACAACACUAACCCCUCGGCCCAUACAGAGAGCCAGAGGGACUGGGGCAAGGUGAGACAGACAGGGUCUACAACACUAACCCCUCGGCCCAUACAGAGAGCCAGAGGGACUGGGGCAAGGUGAGACAGACACGAAGGUUGUGUCCCAAAUGGCACCCUAUUCCCUACAUAGUUCACUACUUUUGAAAAAAGACGCUAUGUAGGGAAUAGGCUUAGGCUGCAUGCCAUUUGGGAUGCAGCCUAAGAUUUUCUAAUGACAAGGGUCACACCAGGGGGUUGGGGCCAAUUCCAUUUCAAUUCAGUAAGUAAGUAAACGUAUUGAUUUUCAGUGUCAGCAGAAUUUUAAUGGAGUUGAUCCCAACCCUGGGUCAGAUCGGGUCAUGGGCAUUGGCAGAAUCACUAUUUGUGGUUAUCAAAAUUCUAGAGGGGGAACUGGGGAGAGAAUUUGGAAUUUGAAACGAUUCUUCGAAUUUGUUCUCUGCUUGUCAAGUACUCUAGCUAAACUGUGUGGGGUGACUUAAUUAGUUUGACUCAAUGUAUAUUUCAACGGAAGAAAGAGGAGAUAUCUUGGCCUGGACUGGAGCUCAUAUUUUAAUGCCUCACUCAGAAGGAAGACCUACUUGGUUGUUUUGGCAGCAGACAGAAUGAGUGAGACACACACACACACACACACACACAGGGUGGCAGACAGAACUGUCAUUGUCUAGCGCUUGGUGCUGCUAACAGAAGCCGUUGGCCUGUUGAGUCACACAGUGUUAGCAGAACAAAGUAGAUGUCUUGUUCACGGCUUGGUAGCAGAGUUACUGAGUGCUCCUGAAGGAGUCAAUUGGCAGCAGGUAGCAGUGGCCAAGCUUUGGCAUGUUCAUUAUUCACCAAAUGUGAAGAAAACGGACUGAGACCGGGAUGACUGCCGUUUUAUGUACAAUGGCGCCGGAGGGGAUGGCUGCCGUUUUAUGGACUCUAAACCAACCGUGUGUGUUUUUUCGCAUUGUUUGUAACUUAUUUAGUACAUAAUGUUGCUGCUACCGUCUCUUAUGACCGAAAAGAGCUUCUGGACAUCAGAACAGCGAUUACUCACCUUGAGCUGGACUAAUAAUUUUUAUUUUAUGAGUCGGACGAGAGGGAUUUGCUCCAGACACCCGACAGGGCCCUCAUCCCCGUCAUUCGCAGUAGAAAGAAAAGGAAAUAUCGCAGAAGGAGAUCGGGGUGCCUGGUAAGGAGCCGGCGACGAGUGGCUAAUCUGCCUUUGCCAUCGAUACUAUUGGCCAACUUACUUGAUAAUAAAAUGGACGAACUACAGGCACGAAUAUCCUACCAACGGGAUAUUAAAAACGGUAAUAUCUUAUGUUUCACCGAGUCGUGGCUGAACGAUGACAUGAAUAACAUACAGCUGGCGGGUUAUACACUGUAUCGGCAGGAUAGAACAGCAGCCUCUGGUAAGACAAGGGGUGGCGGUCUAUGUAUAUUUGUAAACAACAGCUGGUGCAUGAUAUGUAAGGAAGUCUCUAGGUUUUGCUCGCCUGAGGUAGAGUAUCACAUGAUAAGCUGUAGACCACACUAUCUACCAAGAGAGUUUUCAUCUAUAUUCUUCGUAGCUGUCUAUUUACCACCGCAAACCGAUGCUGGCAGUAAGACCGCACUCAAUUAACUGUAUACGGCCAUAAGCAAACAGGAAAACGCUCAUCCAGAGGUGGCGCUCCUAGUGGCCGGGGACUUUAAUGCAGGGAAACUUACAUCCGUUUUACCUCAUUUCUACCAGCAUGUUAAAUGUGCAACCAGAGGGGAAAAAACCUCUAGACCACCUUUACUCCACACACAGAGACGCAUACAAAGCUCUCCCUCGCCCUCCAUUUGGCAAAUCUGACCAUAAUUCUAUCCUCCUGAUUCCUGCUUACAAGCUAAAACUAAAGCAGGAAGCACCAGUGACUCGGUCAAUACAAAAGUGGUCAGAUGAAGCAGAUGCUAAGCUACAGGACUGUUUUGCUAGCACAGACUGGAAUAUGUUCCGGGAUUCUUCCGAUGGCAUUGAGGAGUACACCACAUCAGUCACUGGCUUCAUCAAUAAGUGCAUCGAUGACGUCGUCCCCACAGUGACUGUACUUACAUACCCCAACCAGAAGCCAUGGAUUACAGGCAACAUCCGCACUGAGCUAAACGGUAGAGCUGCCGCUUUCAAGGAGUGGGACUCUAACCUGGAAGCUUAUAAGAAAUCCCGCUAUGCCCUCCAACGAACCAUCAAACAGGCAAAGCGUCAAUACAGGACUAAGAUUGAAUCGUACUACACCGGCUCUGAUGCUCGUCGGAUGUGGAAGGGCUUGCAAACAAUUACAGACUACAAAGGGAAGCACAGCCGCGAGCUGCCCAGUGACACGAGCCUACCAGACGAGCUAAAUUACUUCUAUGCUCGCUUCGAGGAAAGUAACACUGAAACAUGCAUGAGAGCAUCAGCUGUUCCGGACGACUGUGUGAUCACGCUCUCCAAAGCCGAUGCAAGUAAGACCUUUAAACAGGUCAACAUUCACAAGGCCGCAGGGCCAGAUGGAUUACCAGGACAUGUACUCCGAGCAUGCGCUGACCCACUGGCAAGUGUCUUCACUGACAUUUUCAACCUCUCCCUGUCUGAGUCUGUAAUACCAACAUGUUUCAAGCAGACCACCAUAGUCCCUGUGCCCACUAAGAUAACCUGCCUAAAUGACUACCGACCCGUAGCACACGCGUCUGUAGCCAUGAAGUUGAAAGCCUGGUCAACUUUGAAAGCCUGGUCAUGGCUCACAUCAACACCAUUAUCCCAGAAACCCUAGACCCAACAGAUCCACAGAUGAUGCAAUCUCAAUUGUGCUCCACAAUGCCCUUUCACACCUGGACAAAAGGAACACUUAUGUGAGAAUGCUAUUCAUUGACUACAGCUCAGCGUUCAACAUCAUAGUGCCCUCAAAGCUCAUCAGUAAGCUAAGGACCCUGGGACUAAACACCUCCCUCUGCAACUGGAUCCUGGACAUCCUGACGGGCCGCCCCCAGGUGGUAAGGGAAGGUAACAACACAUCCACCACGUUGAUCCUCAACACGGGGGCCCCUCAGGGGUGCGUGCUCAUUCCCCUCCUGUACUCCCUGUUCACUCAUGACUGCAUGGCCAGGCACGACUCCAGCACCAUCAUUAAGUUUGCCGAUGACACAACAGUGGUAGGCCUGAUCACCGACAACGACGAGACAGCCUAUAGGGAGGAGGUCAGAGACCUGGCCAUGUGGUGCCAGGACAACAACCUCUCCCUCAACGUGAUCAAGAAAAAGGAGAUGAUUGUGGACUACAGGAAAAAGAAGAGGACCCCAUUCUCAUCGACGGGGCUGUAGUGGAGCAGGAUGAGAGCUUCAGGUUCCUUGGUGUCCACAUCACCAACAAACUAACAUGGUCCAAGCACACCAAGACAGUCGUGAAGAGGGCACGACAAAACCUAUUCCCCCUAAGGAGACUGAAAAGAUUUGGCAUGAGUCCUCAGAUCCUCAAAAGGUUCUACAGCUGCACCGUCGAGAGCAUCCUGACUGGUUGCAUCACUGCCUGGUAUGGCAACUGCUCGGCCUCCGACCGCAAGGCACUACAGUACAUCACUGGGGCCAAGCUUCCUGCCAUCCAGGACCUCUAUACCAGGUGGUGUCAGAGGAAGGUCCUAAAAAUUGUCAGACUCCAGCCGCCACCCUAGUCAUAGACUGUUCUCUCUGCUACCGCACGGCAAGCGGUACCGGAGCGCCAAGUCUAGGUCCAAGAGGCUUCUAAACAGCUUCUACGCCCAAGCCAUAAGAAUCCUGAAGAUCUAAUGAAAGGGCUACCCAGAGUAUUUGCAUUGCCCCCCCUUUACGCUGCUGCUACUCUCUGUUUAUUAUCUAUGCAUAGUCACUUUAAUAACUCUACCUACAUGUACAUAUUACCUCGACUAACCGAUGCCCCCGCACAUUGACUCGGUACCGGUACCUCCUGUAUAUAGCCUCGCUAUUGUUAGUUUUACUGCUGCUCUUUAAUUAUUUGUUACUUUUAUUUCGUAUUAUUUUAUAUAGUAUUUUUUAUUUUUGUAAAAAAAAAUUGGGGGGGUAUUCUUUCUUAAAACCGCAUUGUUGGUUAAGGGCUUGUAAGUAAGCAUUUCACUGUAAGGUCUACACCUGUUGUGUUUGGCGCAUGUGACAAAUAAAAGUUGAUUUGAUUUGAUUGACUACCUGGACUUGUCCAUUAAGAACCACUCAUUUUCGUUUUCCGUUGUACAAUGUUUUGCGACAGUAUGCUCUACUGAACACAACCCAGGCACAGUGUGCCCUGCUGAACAAUACUCUGUAGUUUGCAAUGAAAACUAAAAUGAGUAUUAUUUCUUAUUGGACAAGUCCAGGUUGUGCCUUCCCAUUUUACUCAGUAGUCUUCCGUUUGGUGCCUACUGAACAUGCCCCAGGCCCACAGUAAGGGCCUCUCUGCUCUCACUAAGAGGUGUGUUAUUCUGUGUUGGCUAACUCCCUCUCACGCUGUGAGGCGAUGGUAACAAUGCCAUCUAAAAUGUUUUGCUACAAUGUGCCCUACUGAACACAACCCAGGCCCAGGUAAUACAGACAGGCCAUCAGUAAAGGCGUCUCUGACUAAGCUACAGUGUUGGCUGUCUCCCUCUCACACUGUGAGGCGAUGGUAACAACGCUAUUUAAAAUGACUCAGCAGAGUGAAGUUAUUUUCCUGGAACCAAACUAGGGGAAAAUAACUAACCCCAUUGUUUCCCAGAAAUACCCCAUGGAUGCGUCCCAAACGGGACCCUAUUCCCUAUGUAGUGCACUACUUUUGAUCAGGGCCCAUAGGGUUCUGGUCAAAAGUAGUGCACUAUAAAGGAAAUUUGGUGCCAUUUGGAACGCAUAGAAUGCUAAUUGAAAACAGCCUAUUCUGUACAUUAGUAUGUAUUUAUGUGAUAAACCUAAAAAAAAUGUGACUCAUAGUUUGGUAAUGUUAUGAGAAAGAAAGACUGAGGAAUGAAUCAAAUUGUCCCAACACUUUAAAAAACAUUUCCAGCCCGGAAAAUGGAUUAUUGUUAUGCAUACAAUGCUAUUCAGGUCUGAUUACGCUAUAUGGUAGCUAAAGCAUCUAGUAGGAAGUCCUUGGUUUAUGGAAUGUGUGUGUGGUCCAACAUGUGAAAACAUGCUAGCUAAAGCAUGCAUGAAUAAGUCCUUCUCCUGAAUGCCAUGUUGAUGUUGUUACAGGGUAUGGCCUGUGUGGGGCGCACUAAGGAAUGUACCAUCGUCCCCUCCAACCAUUACGGGCCUGUACCUGGGGUUCCCGUGGGAACAACAUGGAAGUUCCGCGUUCAGGUGAGCCAAUAGGAACAAGGUUUGGUACCAUGCGACCAUAUGACCAUACAGGUGGAGUGAUACAGGUUAGGUGAUUACUCACAAACUCGGAGAGAACAGAGAAAAUUUAAUAUUUUCAAAUCAUGAAGAUGUUGAAUCUGAAAAUAUAGUUAUUUUCAGUUAACUUUAGAGGUUCAUAGUUUUCAAAUCUGAUAUUCUGACACUAAGGAUUUGUUUACAUAGCCAGUAUCACAUCUAUCACACCAUCAUUCCUCCCCUCUCUCUUUCUCAUAUCACCCAUCCUGACUCUCACCCUCUCCUGUUCACGCCAUCUCUCCUGUUCACUCCAUCUCUCCUGUUCACUCCAUCUCUCCUGUUCACUCCAUCUCUCUAACUUCUCCCUUCCUGUGUUCCAAGGUGAGCGAGGCGGGAGUGCACAGGCCCCACGUGGGAGGUAUCCACGGCCGCAGUAACGACGGCUCCUAUUCGCUGGUGCUGGCUGGGGGCUUCGAAGAUGAAGUGGUGGGUGUCUUUCUUUUUUGUUGUUGAUGUCUGUUUUUUGUUGUUGAUGUCCGUUGUUUGAGCUAAGCAAUCUAGGAGCGUGGGAGCGUAGGAGAGAAGAGAGGUGGAGGGAGAUCGCUGUCUUUCUCCCUAUGUUUUUCCUGCUCUCGCUUCCUCUGUCUGGCAAGACCCUCUUUGAUGCCCCAUGCUUUUUGCUCUGGCCCUUUUAGCAUGGUAGACACCGGAGGAGGGUCGACGGGGGGAGGAUGGUAGUCUACCCAUCUGUCUGGUUCUCACACAGCUGUAGUCUGUCUAUCUAUCUCUUUCGCCCCUCUCCUUCUCUCCCUCUAACGCGUUUGACUUUCUUCGAGGAUGUUCACUGUACAGCAUAGCUCUGGAGAGUGCAUUAAUGGCACUAUGAUUAAUGUUUUCACAUUAGCUAGGUUUCCAUCCAAUUGGCGACAGAUUUUCAUGUGAAAAAAAUCAGUGAGUGAUGACGUAGUGCACACAAAAUACGGUAUGACUUUACUCGCAUUAAAAACUGUGGAUGGAAACGUGGUUUAUGACUUAUUUGGAGGAGGGAUUUUGAUGAUAUUUUGACUGGAUUUCGAAUUACAUCUAUGUUGAUUUAGCUGUGCGCCUCGGGUUGUCAUAUAAGAGAUUUCCACUUACUCAGCAAAGAAUGACAAGGAUAAGCUAGUAUGUGCAGGGGCAGUAUUUUUUAAGAGGUGUGUGUGUGUGUGUGUGUGUGUGUGUGUCUCCUUUUAACCCUCUGACCUCCACCAUGACCCCUCAGGACAGGGGAGAUGAGUUCACCUACACAGGCAGUGGAGGUCGCGACCUUUCAGGGAACAAGCGCAUCGGGGAGCAUUCCUUUGACCAGACCCUGACCCACUAUAACAGGUACAGUAAACAAACAAACAAAGUACUGUACCACCUGACCUGUUUCUCUCCCUGACAUUUCAAAUAGAUACCUUUUUUCAGUAUCAGACCUUUUUUGGUCAUCCCACACCAAAAACAUCAACACACAAUUAUAACACAGAUACAUUAUUUGACUGGUUUCGGAACAUGCACUAGUUCUAGUCAUUAACCCUUGACCUCUCAGGGCCCUGGCGCUGAACUGCGACGCCCCCAUCAACGACAAGGACGGGGCGGAAUCCAGGAACUGGCGUGCGGGGAAGCCGGUGAGGGUGGUGCGGAGCUCCAAAGGCCGACGCAUCAGCAAGUACGCUCCGGAGGAGGGCAACCGCUACGAUGGCAUCUACAAGGUACACUAGCUAGGACACAAACCAUAUAAUUAUUAGAAAACACAAACUCCCCAAGACCACGGCAGUUUGACUGGUACAUUCAAUAUGGCCGCCGGUUCACCCAUAAUGUAAUGUUGACUUGAAUGGGAAUGUCCGUUCUAGUCACUCUACACAAACACCCUGAUUAACUCAAUGUCCAUACUAGCACAGUACUUAGAAUGCAUGUCCUAUACAUGUCUUCAUUCUAAGUAGUAUGCUAGCUAGUUUGGAUAUUGGAACGGAGCCGCCUGGCUGCCUCUCAGGAACAUAGACUGGACCCGGUCCUUUUGGACCCUGUAUGCAUAUACUUAGUCUCUUUUAGUCCCUUGUGACAAAAUAAAAAAAUGAAUUACAAAUAUAAUACAAACAGUCAAAAUAAAUUGGGUGCAGAUAUCAGAGGGGCUGGUCCUCAUUAUGAGUCAUGCCUUUUGAACACAUCUUGAUUUCCCCAGAUAGACCAGGCCAGCACGGUAAUCACAACCCACGUGGUUUCAGAGAUGUUGCAUCUCAAACAAGACAAGAUGAGGAAAUAAAUGUAAUUUUUUUAGAUGAAUCCCUGAUUACCACAAAUCGAAUCACAUUUUUUGUACUGUUCCUGUCUCACCAUAAACUCCUAUAAGUUACAUUUUAGUCAUUUAGCAGACGCUCUUAUCCAGAGCGACUUACAGUUAGUGAGUGCAUACAUUUUCAUAGUUAGACAGUAUCAACAUCAAUGGGGAAUCAUGUGCUCAUAGAAUUAUAUAAUUACUAGAACGGACAUUCCCAAGUCUGUUCUGUGGAUGGUCAGUCAUUCUAUUUCUGUGUGUCUCUCAGGUGGUGAAGUACUGGCCAGAGAAAGGGAAGUGUGGUUUCCUGGUGUGGAGGUACCUGCUGCGGAGGGAUGAUCUGGAGCCCGCUCCCUGGACACCUGAGGGCCUGGAGCGCAUCCAGACACUGGGCCUGGCUGUGCAGGUGAGGGUUUACGGUGCUGUUUUAUAUGACAUUAUGACCGUAUGAGAGGACGGGUGUUUGGUUAUGACUGCUGUUUCAGUGGCGGUCUCUUUUAUGUCUCAAUUGAAUGUAUUAACUGAAUGUAAAACCGACCAGCCUCUCCAUUGUGUGUAGUUCUGUGUCCUUGGUUUGUUAAAUUUGAUAUUGUCGUCUGUCCGACUUUCUCUGUGUGCUUCUACUACGGUAUCCUCUUGGCUAUCGUUGUGCAUUAUGAGUUGGUUAUAAUGCAUUGUAAUACUUACCGAUGUUUUCAUUUGCCUGUCUCUGUGCAUCUACUCUACAGUAUCCCCCUGGUCGCCAUUUUGUUUUCAUCUGUCUCUGUGCAUCUACUCUACAGUAUUCCCCUAGUCGCCAUUUUGUUUUCAUCUGUCUCUGUGCAUCUACUCUACAGGAUCCUCCUGGUCGCCAUUUUGUUUUCAUCUGUCUCUGUGCAUCUACUCUACAGUAUCCCCCUGGUCGCCAUUUUGUUUUCAUCUGUCUCUGUGCAUCUAUUCUACAGUAUCCCCCUGGUCGCCAUUUUGUUUUCAUCGGUCUCUGUGCAUCUACUCUACAGUAUCCCCCUGGUCGCCAUUUUGUUUUCAUUUCUCUCUUUGCCUCUACAGUAUCCUCCAGGCUACGUGGAGGCCAUGGCCAACAAGACCAAGAAGGAGGCUAACGCUCGGCCAGGGUCCACCAGGAGCAAGAAGCACCAUGGACGGGGCCGGCCGCGGCUACAACCCCUGGAGAAGAAGGUGAAGAAGGGGGAGGAGGAGGAAGAGAUGCCCAUGGAGGUUACAGACCAGCCACAGAGCAACGGUAGUCAGAACACUCCCAAGGACAAGGAGACAGGUACCUGUUGAGACACAGCUAGGGAUAUAGGCCAGAGACGGAAGAGAGAUGUGUUUUUACCUUUGUGUGUACAGUUUAUAUCUUGUGCACUGCUAUGUACGCAUGGGCGGAAUUGCCGCUAGGGAAAGGGGGGACAUUUCCAAUAGAUAUAAAACUAGAUAUGCCAAGGCGUUUCGUGGGUGUUUUUAAAGGUGUCAAAUAAAAUGUUACCCAUAUUUGAAUAGAAACGAUAUGUGUACAUGCAUCUGUAAACAAUGUGUGUGUUGGUAUGCGUCUCUCAGAGGUGUGUAAGGAGUCGGCGGAGCCUCGAGCCAAGCGUCAGAAGAUGGAGGAGUCGUUCCAGCUGACAGAGCAGCAGCAAAGCCUCAUAAAGGAAGACCAACCCAACAGAAAGAACUGGGACGAGGCCAUGGGACACCUCAAGGAGGGGCCGGUACGUAAAGGUCACGAUGCGACAUGACAUGGCACAACAAGGCACAAACAGCAUCUAAACUAACACAACAGCAGCUCACAACUCCGUCACCUUAAUGAACUAUAUACAACCAAUAUUACACCGACACACAGUUCUGAUGUAAGACUAAUAUUACUGGAACAGUUAUGAUGUAUGUGAAGCUGCGGUUUCCAUGGUGAUGUCUGUACCUGUACUUCCUGUCUCUUUGUCUUUAGAACUUCCUGAGGAAGGUGGAACAGACGUUCAUGUGUGUCUGCUGCCAGGAGCUGGCCUACCAGCCCAUCACCACCGUCUGUACACACAAUGUGUGCAAGGUUGGUGUCCACAAGCACUGUGUGUGUGUGUGUCGGUUCAAGGUUUCACCUGAAUCUGCUGUUUAAAUGUAAUGAUUGUUGUCUGAUUGUGGUUUCAUGAUUUCAUACACAUGAAGGUCAGGUUUAGAAUAAGUAAUGACUGUAUGGCACUGUACAGUUAAGGAGUUGUGUUGUUCUUUGACCUCUGACUGACUGGCGUUCUCUCUGUCUGUUCCUGGUCCACCCCAGACCUGUCUCCAGCGGUCAUUCCGUGCUGAGGUGUACACCUGCCCUGCCUGUCGCCACGACCUGGGGAAGGACUACGUCAUGGUCCUAAACAAGACUCUACAGCUGCUGCUGGACCAGUUCUUCCCUGGCUACAGCAAGGGCCGAUGAGGACAGACACCUGCACUCACACAAGCAGUUACACACAGACCCAUGAUGCAUACAAACAAACAUAGGCAUACACACACUUAUUCAUACAUUGGUACAUAGUACACACACACACACCCUCCAUCUCCUAGGCAGCAGGGACUGACCCCACCUGUUGGACUUGUACUGUCCCCAUUUACGUCACCAGCCUGAAGUCAUCCAAGCCCCAGGAGAGCCUGGAGCACCAUGCCCCUACACCCCCAUUUGGUUCCCAUCCCUGGGUAACAACACCCCCUAACCCCCCAAUGAGUUCCCUCUCUCCCUAGCCUUCCACGUCCCCAGUCCCCAGAACUCAUCAGUUCAUCGCCAUCUACCUGUCC